AUGGAUCUUGUGGUGCCAAUUUCGGAAAUACAGUAUGUGGGAAUUGGACCCGAGGAACCUGUUGCUCUAUGUAUGGAUACUGCGGAAAUAGCUCACUGCGGUGCCGGUUGCCAGUCAGGACCUUGCCUAUUGAAUGGAGCGGUUGAAGCUCCAUCCGCCAAACCCGCCUCUCCAAAUCCGAUUCCAGGUACAUUUCAAGUCAUCGGAGAUUCGGGAGUUCCUGUGAUGCAUGCAGCACUCUUACCCAACGGACACGUUGUCUUUAUAGAUAAGGUGGAGAAUUACACGAAGCUUAUCCUGCCAAAUGGUCGCUUUGCUUAUGCGGCAGAAUGGGAUCCGCUCACCGCACAAGUGACCGCAUUGUCAAUGAAAACCAAUGCGUUCUGCUCCGCUGGCACAUUCUUGGCUGACGGUACAUUAUUGUCCAUUGGCGGCAACGGCCCCUUGGAGUCUAUCGAUCCCACUGUUGGUGAUGGCUAUAAGAGCCUAAGGACAUUGAGACGAUCUAUUAAUGACCGAAGCUUUGACGGGCAGUCAUUCGCGGAGGCUGGUAACUUAUCGUCUGCACGGUGGUAUGCUUCGGCACAGAUUUUGAGCGAUGGAAGAAUUUUUGUCGCAUCCGGCUCAUUGAAUGGGCUCGACCCAACUGUCGCAGCCAACAACAACCCGACGUAUGAAAUCCUCUCACAGACAGGAACUCCAUUGACACAAUCGACGUCGCUAGACAUCUUGUUACGAAAUCAACCUUACUAUAUGUAUCCGUUCAUUCAUCUUCUACGUACUGGCGAUCUUUUCGUGUUCACAUCAAAGUCUUCUGAGCUUUGGUCACCAGUCAUCAAAAGUGCUCUGCUGGUAUAUCCUGAUCUUCCCGGCGAAUAUAGAACAUACCCCAACACAGGCACUUCCGUUCUGCUUCCUCUUUCGAGCGACAAUCAUUGGGACCCCGAAGUCAUUAUAUGUGGCGGAGGCGCGUAUCAAGAUCUUGCUUCGCCUACCGAUCCAUCAUGUGGUCGCAUUGCGCCGUUGGCUGAAAACCCAAAAUGGGAAAUGGACGCCAUGCCCGAAGGACGGGCUAUGGUGGAAGGAGUUUUGCUACCAGACGGCACUAUCGUCUUUCUCAAUGGUUGCAACCAAGGCGCCCAAGGAUUCUUGCUAGCCACGAAGCCGACGUUGGACGCAUUGCUCUAUGACCCGAACGCACCACUAGGACAAAGAUGGACAACACUUGCGAGAAGCUCCAUCCCGCGUUUAUAUCACUCGGUUGCUUUGCUGUUGCUUGACGGUACAAUCAUGAUUGCUGGAUCUAACCCGGUCGAACAGCCUGUGCUCAAGGCUACCGCUGACUAUCCAUUCACCACUGAAUUUCGAGUCGAGAUUUACACUCCUCCUUAUCUGAGCGGAGAGAAUGCGAACAAGAGGCCAAUAAAUGUAACUCUGAGUGAAACUAGAUUGAAAGCAAACGGUUCAUACUUUUCACUCAGUUUCAAGGCUCCCUCUGGUGCUAAUCAGCUGAAAGUUUGCCUUUACCAUGGAGGUUUUGUCACACACAGCCUGCACAUGGGUCAGAGGAUGAUGUUUUUGGAUACGAUUGGUUGGGAGACAGGACAGUCUAGCCAAAUUGUCAACGUGACUAUGCCACCAAGUAACAACGUCGCCCCACCAGGCCCUUACGUUCUGUACGUUCUGGUAGAUGGUAUCCCUAGCGUGGGCCAAUUUGUAAUGGUUUCAUGA